AUGGAUUUCGCGAACUCCGCCAGCCGCGACGUCGUUCAAGGGGGGAAUAAUCACUCAGAAUCUGUUAAAGAGGAUCAUGAGACAACUUGUUGGGGUUGUGGACUUCGUGUCCUUGUUUCUCCUUUUGCAUCUGCUUUUAAAUGCGGCUGGUGCGGAGCUAUAACAAGACAAAAUGCUGUAAAAAUUGAGAGCAAUGACUGGUGGUGGAGACGGUUACGCGAUCGUUGUUUUGUCGGCAUUGUUAUUAUAUUUAUGGCUUUUUUUAUAUGUGCUGGCAUCAUUGCUAUUUAUCCUGUAGCCUUUUCAAUUAGUUUCUUUUGUGGCGUUUUCCACUUGACUGUAGCGGUGAUGUUAUCUAUUUCUUCUUUAUCUUUAUUUUCCCUUUCUGCAUUUCGGCCUGCUGGUUCUCCUCCAAUGAUCCUUUGGGGUAGCUAUCCAACCGUGGGAAGAGGUGGACUGGUGAAUUAUACCUUCUGCCACUAUUGCUCUAGGCCAAAACCACCAAGGACACACCACUGUCGUACAUGCGGGAUGUGCAUAUUGAAUAUGGAUCACCACUGCCCUUUUAUUGGGAACUGCGUAGGUGCUGCAAACCACCGAGUUUUUAUUCUCUUUCUCAUCUCUUCUGUCAGCAGUAUGCUUUAUGUUGCCAUUUGGACUUCUUAUACUGCACUAUAUAUCUGGCCAUCUCUUGACCAUAGGUCUGUCAAUCUGUUGAACGGCUUUGUUGAUAGAGAAUUGGUUGUAGGAGUCUUAAAAGAAGAGAUUAUUGCUCUACUGAGAUCAACAAUGUUCCUAUCCAUGAGAGGACUUGUUCUUGUUUACCUACUAAUUGCUAGUAUUUCAGUGGGCUUUGGUUUGAGUGUUCUCUUGUGGCAGCAGCUUGGAUACAUAUAUGUUGGAAAGACCUACUUAAGCCAUCUAAGUGCAGUGAAUAAUGAAGAAACGGUUGAAAAGGAUUGCCGAAAUCUUAUAAAGUUCUUUAGUUAUCACCAAAGUGCAGCAACAUAUUUUCCAACUGAUUGGAAAUCAAGCAAAAGUCAUAAGAAGUAGACAUUUCAAGGGUGGAUGAAUCACUUUGAAAUCAACUCCAUGAACUCGCAUGGUCUACUCUCAUCUUAUCCAG